AUGUAUACUAGAAAACUUUUAUCAGCACGAUUUAUUCGUUAUGAAUUCGAUAUAUUUGCCAAUAGUUCACGUCAAUAUUCAAAACGAUCACAGAAUUUCCUAGUAUCAAGAUGUCAACAGUUACGUUCAUUUUCAUUAUCAAAUAAUACAUUAGCACGAUCGGGUAAUAAUUCAUCUACAAUACGCGAUUUCGGACAAGGUUCAAAAGGUGGUGGUGGUGGUGGUGGUGGUAAUAAUGAUGGUUCUGGUAAAAUAACAUUUCUUUGUCCGAAAUGUGGCGAUGUUUGUACACAUGUUGAAAGUCUUGUUUCUUCAACAAGAUUCGUAAAAUGUGAAAAAUGUAGUCAUUUUUUUGUUAUUUUAUCUGAAAACGAAGGAGCAAAGAAAGCUACUGAAGAGAAAGCAAAAACCCGACAACCACCACCUUCACCAAAAAAAAUUUAUGAAUAUCUUAAUAAAUAUAUUGUCGGUCAAGAGCAUGCAAAAAAAGUUAUGUCUGUUGCUGUUUAUAAUCAUUAUAAACGUUUACAUAAUAAUAUUUCAAUAACAAAAUCUCAACCAAGUACUUCGGAAAAUGCAUUAGUAAGUGUAUCCAAUCAACAACAACAACAACAAAGAGCUUCAACGAAACCUGCUAAUAAUAAUAAUAAUGAAGAAAUAAAAUUUGGAAGUGAUGUUAUACAUAGUGAACAAUAUGAUCUUAAACUUGAAAAGAGUAAUAUACUUAUGCUUGGUCCAACCGGUUCAGGUAAAACACUGCUUGCACAAACAAUUGCAAAAUGCCUUGACGUACCAUUUGCUAUUUGUGAUUGUACAAGUCUUACUCAAGCUGGUUAUGUUGGUGAAGAUGUAGAAUCAAUUAUUGCAAAAUUACUUCAAGAUGCAAAUUAUAAUGUUGAGCGAUGUCAACAAGGUAUCGUAUUUUUGGAUGAAGUCGAUAAAAUUGGUAGUGUACCAGGUAUUCAUCAACUUCGAGAUGUUGGUGGUGAAGGUGUACAACAGGCAUUAUUGAAAAUGCUCGAAGGUACAAUAGUAAAUGUUCCUGAAAAAAAUUCUCGUAAAAUGCGUGGUGAAACUAUUCAAGUUGAUACAACAAACAUAUUAUUUGUUGCAUCAGGUGCAUAUACAGGUCUUGAUAAAAUAGUAAGUCGUCGUAAGAAAGAAAAAUAUCUUGGUUUCGGUUCAACAUCGAAUGAAGCACCAUCACGCCGUCGUGCAGCACAACUUGAUUUACAUGAUCAACGUGAUGAUAAUGACAAUAUGGUUGUUGAAGAAAAUUUAGAGCGUGAUAAAUAUUUGCAGGAAUGUGAAGCUCGUGAUCUCAUUGAAUUUGGAAUGAUACCUGAAUUUAUUGGGCGAUUACCUAUUAUUGUUGCAUUUCAUUGUUUAACUGAAGAUAUGCUUGUAAGAAUUUUAACGGAACCCCGCAAUGCUUACGUACCACAAUAUCAAGCACUUUUUCAAAUGGACAAGACUCAGUUAGAUUUUACUGAUGGUGCACUUCGAUCAAUAGCUAAAAAAGCUGUUCGUCGUAAAACUGGUGCUCGUGGCCUCCGUUCAAUACUAGAACGUAUUUUACUUCAACCGAUGUUUGAUAUUCCCGAAUCGGAUAUUGUUGGCGUUCGUGUUGAUGAAGAAGCUGUCAAAGAUAAUAAAAGUCCAGAAUAUAUUCGUGCUCGUCAAGGUUCAUCUUCUGAUGAUCUUCAUGAUAAUUCAACAAAAGCAAGUGACAAGAAACCUAACGAAAAUGAUGAUACUAAAAUUUAUCUGCCAACAUGUUAA